GUCCGAUUCGAGACGCGAAAUCCAUUUCGUGGUCUGGUGUUCGUACAGGAUCGUCUUGAUGAUCCUCAUUGUCGCAGCCCUCCAGCGAGUCCAAGUGGCCAUCAAAACGCCAGUCUACGAUUAGCAUUCAAGGAAUGUGGAGUGGAACGACGUACAUCGACUUCACCGAGAGGUGUGUUCCUAUCGACGUCAGUUAUAAUCGCGUUCAAUCUCGAUUAUCUCACCAAAGUCGAUCGAAUUUAUCGGGUACAAUGCUUCUACAUGGAAAUGGAACGACGUCUCGAGAAGGAAAUUCUCGUCAAAAUGCCGCCACCAACACUCCACACAAAGCAAGUGCCAAUGCCGGUUUGCAAAUAUGAGGUUCUGGAUGGUUCUCCUGUCGGAAAGCCGGUGUAUUACGCAACCGUUGGACAAAUGGUCUAUCACAAAUGGACCUGUGAAGCUGAACAGGCCGAUACGUUCUGUAUGAUUGUACACUCGUGCUUCGUCGACGAUGGUAAUGGGGAACGAGUACAACUCAUCAAUGAGAAAGGUUGUGCACUGGACAAGUACUUGCUGACAAACCUGGAGUACCCAGAAGAUCUCAUGGCUGGACGAGAGGCUCACGUGUACAAGUAUGCUGACCGAGACAAUAUGUAUUUCGAUUGCCAGAUUACGUUGCGUAUCAAGGAACCCGGGUUGGAAUUUUGUGAGGUACCGACAUGUCCUGAUCCACCACGUCGCCGUCGAUCACAUCAAACACUUCCUGCUAUUGCGUCAAAGGAGGAACUAAAAUCCGAUGAAGACAGCGACUUUAUAAUUCCACAUGAUGACAUAGUGAAAUUGAACUGGAUUCAGAUGAACUUUGACGUCAGACAGGCUGUUCUCUGUAUGAGCAACAUCGGCCUGUCUACCGUUUGUUUCUUCAACGUUAUCAUCAUACUUAUUUCGGCAGUUAUAGUUUUCCUAUCAGUACGUCUUCAUGCGCUGAAUUCUAAAUUACAAAACUAA